AUUGCAAAAGGCAAUGGCAGCAGAAGCGGAAGGAUCGCGAAUAGCUAAAUCGAAAAUAAUAGAGGCAGAAGGAGAGAUCAAAGCAGCUGAAAAUCUUAGGGAUGCUUCAAAAAUCAUGUUGGAGAAUCCUAAAGCCAUGCUGCUCAGAUAUUUGCAAGCUUUGAAUACAAUUGCGUCCCAACAAAGGAAUACAAUUAUAUUUCCAUUCCCAGUUGAAAUACCUAGGCAAUAAGAACUCACGAAAAAAAAUCAAUGACAAUCAAUUUUUCAGUUCUGUCCGUUCUGUCAUAUUUCAUUUGCUGUUUCUAUAUGUUUACACGUUUUCUAUAAACCACGCUAUGAUAUCUGAACACGAAGAGAAGUUAAAAUAUAAUCAAUCAGAACCGCGGCAGACGCCCGUUUCACUCACUCCAAAAGACGUUGAAAAGGGUUCACCAAAUAUUUUCAAGCCUCGUCUUCAACUUAACAAAGAAAAGGACAAACUUAUAGAAAAGUUUUUAAUAUUUUUGUCUAUCGUACUUGUUGUUCUCGGCUUUCCGCUAUCAUUGAUAUGCAUAUUUGUGGUUAGUCGUCAAUUUGAGAGAGCUGUCAUUCUGAGGAAUGGUAAAGUUCAUAAGAACAAAGCUUUUGGCCCUGGACUACUUUUUUACCUACCUUGUGUUGACUCUGUUAAAUUCAUAGAUUUGAGGACAUUCUGCUAUGAAGUGCCACCACAAGAAGCCUUAACUAAGGAUUCUUUAACUGUGUCUGUAGAUGCAGUUGUGUUUUAUAAAGUUUUCGAACCAGUUUGGGCCGUCAUCAAUGUUAAUAACUACAGAAUCGCUACUCAAUUCUUAGCGUCAACCACUUUGCGAAAUGCGUUAGGAACGACAAAACUCAGCGAUGUGCUUAUUAAUAGACCAGUAAUAAGCCAACAGGUACUAGAGCUUAUGAAAAACACAACAAAAGAAUGGGGUGUUAAAGUUCUCAAAGUUGAAAUAAAAGACAUAAGACUACCACUGCAGUUGCAAAAGGCAAUGGCUGCUGAGGCUGAGUCGACAAGAUUGGCUAAUGCUAAAAUAAUAGUUGCCAAAUCAGAAAUAGAAGCUAUAAAAAAUCUUCAGGUAGCAACCACUUUGUUGAUGGAGAAUCCCAUGGGUAUGCAACUUCGCUAUCUACAAUCCUUGCAAUUGAUUGCUGGGGAAGGCACGCACACCGUUGUAUUCCCAUUUUCGUUUGAAAUGUUCCAGAAGUUGUUUAAUAAAUAA